CCCCGCCUCAUCGCGCCGCCAUCACGCCGUCUUGUCGCGACCUCCUCAUGUCGCGUUGUGACCUGGCCUCCGCCGGACAGUUGGGCAAGGAGGGCAUCAUGGCCUCGGACUGUGAGGCGGCGCUGAGCCCGGCCGAGGGCCGGAACCCCCCGCUGGAGCGGUGCCUGGGGGCCCUGAGGGAAGCCAAGAACGACAGCGAGCAGUUCGCUGCCCUGCUGCUGGUGACCAAGGCCGUCAAGGCCGGCGACGUGGACGCCAAAACCAGGCGGCGGAUCUUCGACGCGGUCGGCUUCGCCUUCCCCAACCGGCUCCUGGCCUCCAAGGAGGCCCCGGACGGCUGCCCGGACCCGGUCUUCCGCGCCCUGGGCGUGACCCUGCUGGCCUGCUUCUGCAGUGACCCCGAGCUGGCCGCCCACCCCCAGGUCCUCAACAAGAUCCCCGUCCUCAACGCCCUCCUCCUGAGCGCCCGCGGCGACCCCGAAGACCCCGCCCGCCGGGCCGUGGUGGACGACGCCUACCGGUGCCUCACGGCCGUGGCGGGCACACCGCGGGGGCCCCGCCACCUGAUCGCCGGGGGCACGGUGUCCGCCCUGUGCCAGGCCUACCUGGGCCACGGCUACGGCUUCGACCAGGCCCUGGCCCUGCUGGUGGGGCUGCUGGCGGCGGCCGAGGGGCAGUGUUGGAAGGAGGCGGAGGCCGACCUCCAGACCGUGCUGCGGGGCCUGAGCGAGGAUUUCCAGAAGGCGGAGGACGCGAGCAAGUUCGAGCUGUGCCAGCUGCUGCCCAUCUUCCUCCCGCCGGGCCCGGUGCCCCCGUCCUGCCACCGGGACCUGCAGGCCGGCCUGGCCCGGAUCCUGGCCUGCAAGCUGAGCUCCUGGCAGCGCAACCCGGCCCUGAAGCUGGCGGCUCGGCUGGCCCACUCCUGCGGCUCGGAGUGGAUCCCCGCCGGCGGCCCGGGAGGCAAGUUCCUGGCCCUGCUGGUGAACCUGGCCUGCGUGGAGGUGCGCCUGGCCCUGGAGGAGCCCGGAGCCGAGGUGAAGGAGGACGUGGUGACCGCCUGCUACGCCCUGAUGGAGCUGGGCAUCCAGGAGUGCACCCGCUGUGAGCAGCCGCUGCUCAAGGAGCCCCAGAAGGUGCAGCUGGUCAGCAUCAUGAAGGAGGCCAUCGGGGCCGUGAUCCAGUACCUGCAGCAGGUGGGCCCCGAGAAGCUGAGGGAGCCCUUCGUCUUCGCCUCUGUGCGCAUCCUGGGAGCCUGGCUGGCCGAGGAGACGUCAUCCCUGCGCAGGGAAGUCUGCCAACUGCUGCCCUUCCUCGUGCACUAUGCCAAGACCCUUUACGAGGAGGCCGAAGAAGCCGGGGACCUCUCCCAGCAGGUGGCCUCCCUGGCCAUCUCCUCCUCGGUCCCUGGGUCCGCCUGGCCGGGAGACGCCCUGCGCCUCCUGCUGCCCGGCUGGUGCCACCUGACAACUGAGGACGGACCCCGGGAGAUCCUCAUCAAGGAGGGGGCACCCUCCCUGCUGUGCCAAUACUUCCUGCAGCAGUGGGAGCUGACCUCUCCGGGCCACGACCCCUCCGGCCUCCCCGACAGCGUGGAGCUGGGCCUGCAGACCGCCUGCGGCAUCUUCCUCAACCUGGUGGUGACUGCCCCCGGCCUCAUCAAGCGCGACGCCUGCUUCACAUCCCUGAUGAACACCCUGAUGGCGUCCCUGCCGGCCCUUGUGCAGCAGAAGGGGCGGCUCUUGCUGGCAGCCAACGUGGCCACCUUGGGCCUGCUCAUGGCUCGGCUCCUCAGCACCAACCCGGCUCUCCAGGGGACGUCCGCCUCCCGCGGCUUCUUCGCCGCCGCCAUCCUCUUCCUGUCGCAGUCGCACGUGCCCGGGGCCGGCACGCCGGCGGCCCUGACCCUGGCGCCGGACUACGAGGGCGUCUGGGCCGACCUUCAGGAGCUGUGGUUCCUGGGCAUGCAGGCCUUCACGGGCUGCGUCCCGCUCCUGCCCUGGCUGGCGCCCGCCGCCCUCCGCUCCCGCUGGCCGCAGGAGCUGCUGCAGCUCCUGGGCAGCGUCACCCCGGCCUCCGUCAAGCCCGAGAUGGUGGCCGCCUACCAGGGGGUCCUGGUGGAGCUGGCCCGGGCCAACCGUCUGUGCCGCGAAGCCAUGAGGCUGCAGGCGGGCGAGGACACCGCCCACCUGUACGGCAUGGCAGCCUUAGAGCAGUGCCUCGCGGAGCCGUGAGCAGGCAGGCCGCCCCGGCCUGGCCCCCCCCCCACCCCUCCUCCCGCCCCACCCGCCUUGAAACCCAGUCCACCAGGAGGGAGAGGAGGGAGGAAGGAGGAGCAGGAGGAGCAGGAGGAGGAGGAAGAGCAUCCAUCUUCCCCAACCCCCAGCCUCCCACCGCAUGGCUUUCUGGCUUUCCCAGCCCCAUCAGGCCCAGGGGUGACACACGGAGUCUGGUCCUUGGUGGAGAAGGAAUGGAGGGGCCGGCCAGCGUGUCCCCCCGACCUCCCCCAACCCCUGAGCAAUGGGUGUCCGGGGGAGGGCGGCCCGGCCCUAGCACCUGCCGCCUAGAGUCAUUGCUCUCCAGCUCAGCCGCCGCUUUAAAAUGGAUGUGCGUGCCCAAGUGCAGAAGGAGUGGGGAGGUUGACCCCAGGAGGGAUCCCCCCCGGGGGCAGGAGGGGCAGCCGGAUAGAGGGGUGAGGUGCUGCAGGGUGAGCCGUGAACCGUGCCCUGCCGGCCAGGGCUGGCAGUCCCCCUGGCCCCCGGGCCCACCCUCCCAGCCCCUCACCUAGUCCCACUGAGCAGUCGGGCCCCGGGGGUGGGGAUGAUGAGGUGGAUGAUAUGGACCCGAGGUGACUCCCAUUCUAAGCACCCCCCGCCCCCCUACCUGAACAAUUUCCGCUCUGGGGAAACUAAGGGGGUGGGAAUGCCGUGGCGG